UAUAUAUAUAUUCUUUUACCCUUCCCUAAAAAGGAUUUUUCCUUGAUAACGAACUCACAAACAAGUCCGUCGUCUGAAAAUUUAAUAUUUGAAAUUAGCAGAACCAUUUAUUUUAUAGUGGAAAUAUUAUAAGUGGCGUCUCUUACUGUCGAGCGGCCGGUCAGUGAACAAAAUUGAAGCUUUUCAGAAAACAAUGGAUCCAAAGCCUUCAAUGACCUUUAUUGAUAAACCAGUAAUUCCUGGUGAUGUUAUUUUGGAUGUUUCUGCCAUGAUGGACCAAACCAUAAAGCUGGGUGGCGGCCUCCAACAGGACCAUGACACUAUAACUGUCAUCAAAGCAGGUAUUUUGAGAUUUUCAGAGCCAAACAAGUACUGGAUUGAAAGCUCACACAAGAGAUUUAUACCUACCGUGGGGGAUACUGUCCUUGGAAUUGUGGUGGACAAAAGAGCAGAUAGCUUUUUUGUGGACAUAAAAGGGCCAAUGGUGGCAUUCUUGCCAGUGUUAGCAUUUGAAGGAGGGACUAGGAGAAACAUACCCAAAUAUGAGGUAGGUGCUCUAAUUUAUGCUCGUAUUGUCAAUGCCAACACUGGAAUGAACCCAGAAUUAUCGUGCAUGGAUGCUUCUGGAAAAGCUGCCGAGUUUGGCCUCCUUAAAGAUGGCUAUAUGUUUGAAUCAUCAACUGGUUUAUCACGGAUGUUGCUGAGCUCACCAACAUGUCCAGUACUUGAAGGUCUUGGAAAGAAGCUAGCUUUUGAGAUAGCUGUUGGUUUAAAUGGCCGUGUGUGGGUAAAUGCUGAGCACCCUUCGUCGAUCAUCCUUGUUGCAAAUGCAAUAAUGAACUCUGAGUCGUUGACUCCAGUGCAACAAAAGAUUAUGGUGGAGAGGCUGCUAGAUAGAGUAAAUUGAACUGGAUUCAGCAUUUUGAACAUAUAGCUUGUAGCAACCAAAUGAAGUCAUGGAUAAUGUGAUUGUUACCAGACUGCGGAACAUAUAGCGACACAAAAUGUAAAUCUAGUUUCUCCCUCAUGGACUUUUGGCCUGCGUCCAUCCAAUUCCUCACUCAUGAAACUGUCAUGCUUAUUUAUGUGAUGAUUCUGUUGAGAGUAUAGAGAAAGGAUGUAACGUUAUGAGCAGAGUUGAUUUUUGCAGAGGAUGAUCUAUGCUAAGUUGCUAACAUUUUGUCUAUGGUUUCUGUGCCAGUAUACGCGCAGCUUGACUAGUUUAUUGGGUGCCUGUUACCUGGAAAAAGGGGAGCAGGAAAAUAUUUGAUGAAUCAAUAUGAGCUUUUAAAUCUUUUUGACA